AUGGCAGCGGUGUACAAGUCGAUAUCGAGAGCGAACGGCGCAGGAAAGGACGAGGACAAAAGCACGGGCACAGGCCGGAAAAACAAGCAAAAAGUGCUCAUCCUGAGCUCCAGAGGCGUAACCUACCGACACCGACACCUGCUAAACGACCUCUACUCGCUGCUUCCCCACAGUCGCAAAGAGGCCAAACUAGACACCAAGACGAAGCUGUACCAGCUGAACGAGCUCGCCGAGCUCUACAACUGCAACAAUGUCUUCUUCUUCGAGGCGCGCAAGGGCAAGGAUCUCUAUGUGUGGAUGAGCAAGGCGCCGAACGGCCCUACGGUCAAGAUGCACUUGCAGAACCUACACACAAUGGAAGAGCUCCACUUCACCGGCAACUGCCUCAAAGGCUCCCGCCCCAUCCUCUCCUUCGACGCCUCCUUCGAAAAGCAACCCCACCUCCGUGUCAUCAAAGAACUCCUCACCCACAUCUUCGGCGUACCAAAAGGCGCGCGGAAAACGAAACCCUUCGUCGACCACGUCAUGGGCUUCACAGUUGCGGACGGCAAGAUCUGGAUCCGGUGCUAUCAAAUCAAUGAGACGGAGCCGGGGAAGAAGAAGCCCGCUGCGGACGGCGACGCCGCGAUGGACGUGGAUGACGCGCCCAAGAAGGGCAGGAAUGCCGAGACGGACGUCAGUCUUGUGGAGAUUGGACCGCGCUUCGUGCUCACGCCGAUUGUGAUUUUGGAAUCGAGUUUCGGGGGACCGGUGAUCUACGAGAACAAGGAGUUUGUCUCGCCGAACCAGGUCAGAUCGGAGCUGAGGAUGGCGAAGGCGGGCAGGUAUAAUAGACGCAGCGAGCAGGGCGUGGAGCGGAAGGUUAAGAGAGGGGACCUGGGGUUGAACACGGAAGGCGGACGGAAGAAGCCUAGAGAUGAGCUCGAUUCCCGGGUUCUGUUCGGAUAA